UGUUGGUCAAAAACCAAAUGGUGAUUUGGUAUCCUGUAAUGUCAUUCAUCAAACCGUGCUGUUAUUGGUUUAUAUUUCUUGGUUUGAGAGUAACAUUGAGAUAAAGGUCAAGAUAAUAUUUACCUAUCCUUGAUGAGAGAAUACAUGGAGGUGGAAGAUGAUAAAAGGGGUCAGAGUAAUAGAAAAGCUUUCAGAAAGCUUUAGCUACAGAGAGAACUAACAGCAUGUGUUUCUCUGUGGUCAGUGUUGUGCUAUUGCUGUUCAUUUUGUGGAUGCUUGUGGUCAAGUUUAGGAGACAGAGCCACAGACGAACUGAUGGCGUUGCCAAAGAAAACAACAAACCAGAAGCUGUUUUUCCCAAACUCCUGCAUUCACUCUAUAAGCUCUUCUUCAGUACCGUUUCUCCAACUAUUUCUGGUCCUCGCUCUCUCCCUUUGCUGGGAAACAUGCUGGAUCUCGCCCAAGAUCAUCUGCCCAUCCACUUGACUGCAUUGGCAAAAUGCUAUGGAAAUAUUUAUCGGCUUAACUGUGGCAGCACAACUAUGGUUGUUUUAAACAACAGUGAGAUUAUCCGUGAGGCUCUAGUUAAGAAAUGGUCUGACUUUGCUGGGAGGCCUCAUUCAUACACCGGUGAUAUAGUGUCUAGAGGAGGACGAACCAUUUCUUUGGGUGAUUUCAGUGAGGAAUGGAAAGCUCAUAGACGUGUCACCCACAGUGCUCUGCAGCGCUGCACCACUGACUCCCUGCACUCUGUCAUAGAAAAGCAAGCACAACAUCUCUGUCAGGUGUUACGAGACUACAGUGGAAAGGCUGUGGAUUUAUCGGAGGACUUUACUGUGGCUUCGAGUAAUGUCAUCACAACUCUGACCUUCAGCAAAGCUUAUGAUAAAAGUUCAGCAGAGCUGCAGAAGCUGCAGGAGUGUUUGAAUGAGAUUGUUUCUCUCUGGGGUUCACCCUGGAUCUCAGCCCUGGACUCCUUCCCUCUGCUCAGGAAAUUUCCCAACCCCCCAUUCUCUCGUCUAAUGAAGGAGGUGGCCAGACGCGAUGAGCUGAUAGGAAAACACAUAGAGGAGUUUAAGAAAAGUGAGCAUAAAGAAGGUGGCACACUGACUUCUUCACUCCUGAAGUGUCUUGAACCACAACAAGGGGCAGCCAAUCACACGACUCUGACAGACACUCAUGUGCAUAUGACCACGGUGGAUCUGCUGAUUGGAGGGACAGAAACUAUUGCUGCCUUGCUUAACUGGACUGUGGCCUUCCUUUUACACAGGCCAGAGGUUCAGGAUAAAGUGUAUGAGGAGCUGUGCUGUAUGCUGGAUGUGCGGCACCCUCAGUACAGUGACCGACACAAACUGCCAUAUCUGUGUGCUCUGAUCAGUGAGAUGUUACGACUGCGACCUGUAGCUCCCCUCGCCGUACCACACAGAGCCAUACGAAACAGCAGCAUUGCAGGGCAUUUCAUUCCCAAGAAUACAAUUAUCAUCCCUAAUCUUUACGGAGCUCACCAUGAUCCAGAAGUCUGGGAUGAUCCAUAUAGCUUCAAACCAGAACGCUUUUUGGAAGGUGGUGGCGGGUCCCUUCGUUCUCUGAUACCUUUUGGAGGAGGCGCACGACUGUGUUUGGGAGAGGCGGUAGCCAAAAUGGAGAUGUUUCUCUUCACGGCAUAUCUCCUGCGAGAGUUCAAGUUCCUGCCUGCCAGUAAAGAAGAGCCACUGCCUGAACUGCGAGGUGUCGCCAGCGUGGUUCUUAAAGUUAAACCAUAUACAGUUAUAGCACACCCCAGAGAACAGUAGAUGCUUAUGAGGAGUAAGUUGCAGUUGUCUGGCUAGGUUUAUGGAUAAUAUUAGUUGAAUGUUUAUUCUGCAGUGUAAAAUACAUCAGUAGUAUGUACAGUAACUCAUCAUUUUUCAAUGUAGUCUCAUGGCAUAUCUUAACUUUUUUUGUAUUCAGAUCUCAUUUAUAGAUUUAAUACAACUCAUGUAUUCAUGAACUACUGACGGUUGGUUUUAGAGGUAGGGUUUAGGGGUACAACUCCUAAUGAAAUUGUUUGAAUUUGUAUGAAGUGUUGCAUGCAAAACUGUUGCAAACAAUUUAUUUUUG